AUGUCCACCACCAUCCCUUCCUCCGCCACCUUCUCCGCCGCAUACGGCGGCUCACCGCCACCUCCACCAGUCACCACCUCCCACAACCUAACCAACCUCGGCCUUGGAUACGCCAUAGCCAUCGCCCUUGGCUUCCUUGUUCUUCUCUCUGCUAUCCUCCUCACAUCCUAUAUCUGUUGCCGCUCUCGUCGUUCUCAAAACCCUAACCAAAACCCCAGCACGAAUAACUCUUCAUCCGACAAUGGAAUAUAUCUCCCUCGGAUUAUUUUUGUUGCCGAAGACGACGAUGACGAAAGCAAUAACGAAAUCGCCGGGGUUGGGCUUGAUCAAGCUGUGAUUAAUUCGUACCCGAGAUUUGCUUUCUCCAAGGACCGGGGAAGUAGUGGUGGGAAUAGUGAUUCCAUGUGUUCGAUCUGUUUGUGCGAGUAUAGGGAGGCGGAGAUGCUGAGGAUGUUGCCGGAUUGUAAGCAUUACUUUCACUUGAUGUGUAUCGACGCAUGGUUGAAGCUUAAUGCUUCUUGUCCGGUGUGUCGGAACUCGCCGCUGCCGACGCCGUUGUCCACGCCGCUGCAGGAGGUGGUGCCGCUGUCUCAGUACUCGGACGGUCGGAGGAGCACGAAUAACUCUUCAUCCGACAAUGGAAUAUAUCUCCCUCGGAUUAUUUUUGUUGCCGAAGACGACGAUGACGAAAGCAAUAACGAAAUCGCUGGGGUUGGGCUUGAUCAAGCUGUGAUUAAUUCGUACCCGAGAUUUGCUUUCUCCAAGGACCGGGGAAGUAGUGGUGGGAAUAGUGAUUCCAUGUGUUCGAUCUGUUUGUGCGAGUAUAGGGAGGCGGAGAUGCUGAGGAUGUUGCCGGAUUGUAAGCAUUACUUUCACUUGAUGUGUAUCGACGCAUGGUUGAAGCUUAAUGCUUCUUGUCCGGUGUGUCGGAACUCGCCGCUGCCGACGCCGUUGUCCACGCCGCUGCAGGAGGUGGUGCCGCUGUCUCAGUACUCGGACGGUCGGAGGAGUUUAAGAGCAAAGUUUUGGGGAGUGAUUCGGGGCAAAGCUUUCAGCCCUCCUCCAGCCGAAGAUUUCGGCUUUAAGUCUCAGAAAAUCCAACAGGAAAUUAAUUAUACAAGAGAUUCCCUAAAAGAGUCAUCAUCUAGGUUGAGGCACAAAGCUUUUCUUGCAGAGAUUUUGGGUCUUGUUGAGUCAGUGCAGGCAUAUCUCCCACUUAAUGAAGGCACUCAUGAGCACAAAAAUGAACUCGGGACUCUGCAUCCUCUAUCAAGACCGAAGCAAAAACCCGAUGAUCCUGCUGAGUACUUCUUGAUUGAAGAGAUCCGAAAGUAUGUCAGAGUCAAACCCAACAGACUAGGAAAACAGAAUUUCAUGGGAGCUAAUGGAACUUUUACUAGCAUUGGCCAUGCUUGUUUUGCCAUGAAGAAAGAUCUUGAAGAGUACAUGGAUUAUGAUAUUGGUGAAAUCUGCAACGAUGACUGGAAACUGGCUCAAAAACUGAUGGUUCAUGGGUGUGAUCCACUGCCAAGGAGGAGGUGCUUCUCGAGAGCUCCUAAACUAUACGAUAAACCAUUUCCUAUCAAUGAGUCUCUGUGGAUGCUUCCUGAUGAUCGAAAUGUCCAAUGGAGUCAGUACAGAUGCAAGAACUUCGUUUGCCUGGGUAGUAAUUCAACCCGCAAGGGGUUCUUCAAGUGUGCUGAUUGUUUCAAUCUCACUCAUCACGAAAUGCCCAGAUGGGUUAAACUAACAUAUCAGGACCCAAACUCAAAACUGACUGCAGAUUUUCUUAUCACUGAAGUGCUCAACUUGAAGUCAGGAGAGAUUAGAAUUGGCUUGGAUUUCAGCGUUGGCACCGGGACUUUUGCUGCUAGAAUGAGGGAAUUCAAUGUCACAAUAGUUUCUGCAACAAUCAAUCUUGGGGCACCCUUCAACGAAAUGAUCGCUCUUCGUGGGCUCAUCCCACUUUACUUAUCUAUCAAUCAACGCCUUCCCUUCUUUGAAAACACUUUGGAUCUGAUUCACACGACGAAAUUUCUUGAUGGGUGGAUUGAUUAUGUGCUGCUGGACUUUGUAUUAUAUGAUUGGGACAGAGUUUUGAGGCCAGGAGGAUUGCUGUGGAUUGAUAGCUUCUUCUGUUUGAAGCAGGAUUUGGAUGACUACUUGGAAGCAUUUAAGAUGCUAAGGUAUAAGAAGCAUAAAUGGGUUAUUCUACCAAAGCUGGAUAAAAAUGAUCACAGAGAGGUAUUCUUCUCUGCCAUCUUAGAAAAGCCACCGAGACCAUUCCGAUGA